AUGGGAAAAGAGGGCAUAUCUUCAGAUGUGAAAAAGAAGUUUGAAUAUUUGGAUGCACCAAGGAAGGAGGAGAGGGAGCAGCUACCAAAGGAGAGGACUAAUUCUAGUCUUUUACAGGGGAAUGACUCUCUACAGCAAGGAGACACCAGGAAUGAGUGCGGUACAGGCAGGGGAAAUGUCACUGAAAUAUCAGUUAUUAAUAUUCAACCAACCAAGUGUAACAGAAAGAAAAUAUAUAAAUGCCUGGAGAGUAGAAAAACCUUCAGCCAGGGUGCUCACACAGGGGAGAAGCCAUACAAAUGCCUAGAGUGUGAAAAAAGCUUCACGGACCGUUCCAGUCUUGCUUCCCAUCAAAGAAUUCAUACCGGGGAGAAGCCAUAUAAAUGUCAAAAGUGUGGGCAAGGCUUCAGUCGCAGCUUACACCUUCGUAAUCACCAGAAAAGUCACAAAGAUGAGAAACCAUACAAAUGCCUGGAGUGUGGAGGAAGCUUCACAGACCGUUCCAGUCUUACUUCCCAUCAAAGAAUUCACACAGGGGAGAAACCAUAUAAAUGUAUGGACUGUGGGAAAAGGUUCAUUCAGAGUUCCAGUCUUACUUCUCAUAGAAGAACUCACACAGGGGAGAAGCCAUAUAAAUGCAUAGAGUGUGGGGAAAGCUUCCGACAGAUUUCUGGUCUUGCUUCCCAUCGAAGAAUUCACACAGGAGAGAAACCAUACAAAUGCAUAGAGUGUGGGGAAAGCUUCAUUCAGAAUUCCAGUCUUACUUCCCAUCAAAAAACUCACACAGGGGAAAAACCAUAUAAAUGCUUAGAGUGUGGAAAAAGCUUCAGUUGGAGUUCCAAUCUCAUUUCUCAUAGAAGAAUUCACACAAGGGAGAAACCAUAUAAAUGUCUGGAGUGUGGAAAAAGCUUCAUUCGGAGUUCACACCUUAAUGGCCAUCAAAGAACUCACACAGGGGAGAAACCAUAUAAAUGCCUGGAGUGUGGGGAAAGCUUCAGGAAGAGUUCCAGUCUUACUUCCCAUCAAGGAAUUCACACAGGGGAGAAACCAUAUAAAUGUUUGGAGUGUGGAAUAAGCUUCAGUUUCAGUUCAAACCUUUGUCGUCAUCAGAAAAUUCACACAGGGAUGAAAUCAUACACAUGCCAGGAGUGUGGGAAAAGCUUCAGUCACAGUGGAAACCUUACUUCCCAUCGAAGAAUUCACACAGGGGAGAAAGCAUACAAAUGUCAGGAGUGUGGGAAAACCUUCAGUCACAGUGGAAACCUUACUUCCCAUCGAAGAACUCACACAGGAGAAAAACCAUACAAAUGUUUGGAGUGUGGGAAAAGCUUCACUCAGAGUUCCAGUCUAACUUCCCAUCGAAGAAUUCACACGGGGGAGAAACCAUAUAAAUGCCAGGAGUGUGGGAAAAGUUUCUGUUCGAGUUCUGUUCUUGCUUCCCAUCAAAAAAUUCACACAGGGGAGAAACCAUAUAAAUGCCUGGAGUGUGGGAAAAGCUUCAGGAAGAGUUCCCAUCUUACUUCCCAUCAAAAAACUCACACAGGUGAGAAACCAUAUAAAUGCCUGGAGUGUGGGAAAAGCUUCAGUCAGAAUUCCCAUCUUAAUUCCCAUCGAAUAAUUCACACAGGGGAGAAAAGGUACAAAUGCCUUGAGUGCGGAAAAAGCUUCAGCUUUCGUUUCAGGCUUACUUCCCAUCAAAAAACACACACAGGGGAGAAACCAUAUAAAUGCCUGAAGUGUGGAAAAAGCUUCCGUUCAAGUGCCCAUAAAAGUGUUCACAGAGGGGAGAAACCAUAUAAAUGCCUGGAGUGUGGGAAAAGCUUCAGGAAGCGUUCCCAUCUUACUUCCCAUCAAAAAACUCACACAGGUGAGAAACCAUACAAAUGCCUUGAAUGUGGGGGAACCUUUAGUUGGAGUUCCAAUCUUACUUCUCAUCGAAGAAUUCACACAGGGGAGAAACCACAUAAAUGCCUGGUGUGUGAAAAAAGCUUCAGCUCGAUUUUCACUCUUGCUUCUCAUAAAAGAACUCACACAGGGGAGAAACCAUACAAAUGCCUAGAGUGUGGGAAAAGUUUCAGUCAGAAUUCGAGUCUAACUUCCCAUCAAAGAAUUCACACUGGGGAGAAACCAUAUACAUGUCUGGAGUGUGGGAAAAGCUUCAGCACGGGUAGCGAUCUUACAUCUCAUCAAAGAAUUCACACAGGUGAGAAACCAUAUAAAUGCCUGGAGUGUGGGAAAUGCUUCAGUCAAAGUUUCAAUCUUACAAAUCAUCAAAGAAUUCACAAAGGGGAAAAACCAUAUAAAUGCCUGGAAUGUGGGAGAAGCUUCAGAAAGAGUUCCCAUCUUACUUCCCAUCAAAGAAUGAUCCAUACAGGGGAGAAACCAUAUAUAUGCCUGGAGUGUGGGAAAAGCUUCAGUUGGAGUUCCAGCCUUACUUCUCAUAGAAGAAUUCACACAGGGGAGAAACCAUAUAAAUGCUUGGAGUGUGGAAAAGCUUCAGUCGGAGUUCACACCUUACUGGACAUCAAAGAACUCACACAAGGGAGAAACCAUAUUAAUGCCUGGAAAGUGGGAGAAGCUUCAGAAGGAGUUCCAAUCUUACUUCCCAUCAAAGGAUUCACACACGAGAGAAAGCAUGUAGAUGCCUGGAGUAUGGAAAAAGCUUUAGUUGGAGUUCCAGUCUUAUUUCACAUCAAAAAAUUCACACAGGAGAAACCAUAUAAAUGCCUGGAAUAUGGGGAAAACUUCAGAAAGAGUUCCAUUCUGUCUUCCCAUGAAAGAACUCACAUAGGGGAGAAACCAUAUAAAUGCCUGUAG